AUGCUUGGUGGAGCCUCUUGGGCGAUUGGAAAUGCGACUGCAAUUCCUAUUAUGAAUCAACUGGGAAUCGGCUUAGGAAUGUUGAUUUGGGGAAUAACGAAUUGUGUGAUGGGAUGGGCUAGUGGCAGAUUUGGUCUUUUUGGAAUUAAGGCCACUACUCCAUCGAUAAUAUGGCUAAACUAUUUUGGACUGGCAGCUGUGGUUGUUGGCGGAGUUAUUUUCUCACAAGUUAAGCCUACACCAAGAUCUGCUUCAAGUGACGAGUGGACCACUCCGAGUUCCGCUUCGCCUUCACAUACAGUCCGAGGCGAUGAUGAUCCAGAAACGCCACUUAUUUCUCAGCAUAGCUCCAGCAGUCCUGUUGCGUAUCGCAACCAGAAACGAGUGAUAUCUAUUGCUACUGCUCUCGUUGCAGGCUUUCUGUAUGGUGUUACAUUUGUUCCAGUGAUCUAUAUGCAAGACAAUAAAGAUUUGUAUCCCGAUGCUUCUGAUGUUGGUCUCGAUUACGUAUUUGCGCAUUUCAAUGGAAUUUUCGUCACGUCUUCUAUCAUCUUCAUCUCAUAUAUUGCAUACAGCCAAAACGCACCAUUCAUGAACGCCUCUCUGGUUGGACCUAGUCUGAUUGCUGGGACGAUGUGGGCGAUUGCACAGUCCUCUUGGUUCGUUGCAAACGAUAAUCUAUCACAAGCUGUCACCUUUCCAAUAAUUUCGAUGGUUCCUGGAGUCGUUGCCGCUUUGUGGAGUGUCUUCUAUUUCAAGGAAAUAGCCGGAUCUCGCAAUCUCAAAUUGUUGAUCCUGGCUAUUGCGGUAACGCUUCUCGGCGCUAUUUUUGUAGGAAUAUCAAAG